CCGUAAUGAGGCUCGCACCAGUUUUAUCGAAUGGUGUUGAAUGGGUGACAGUACGGCCGGGCUUUACACUCAAUUUUACCCCCAUUUCCCUUAUGCACUACUGGGAUCUGUUCGUGAGGUGAGACAGGGCUUGUGAGCACCUGAUCAGAAAUAACACAGGCGAUGUUCACGGGCAACAUUAGAGUGAAAAUAUGCGAAGCUGCAGAUCUGCGCCUUACCGACUGUAUGACUCGUUAUGUCGGAGUGGCAGGGGUUGGAAAGGGCCCACAGGACCAAACCCUGGAUCCCUAUGUUAGCUUAGAUCUUGACGAAGUGCACUGGAACAAGACCCAGCCGCGGCAGAAGACGUUGACGCCCGUGUGGAACGAGUGGUUCGAGCAUGAGGUGGUCGGGGCCGUCCAACUCGGCCUCAAGAUCUUCCAUGAUUCUCCGGUCGGCAACGACGACUUCGUAGCCGAUGCCACCGUGCCCUUCGAGGAGAUAUGUGCCGAUAAUCAGACCCACGCCGAUAUAUGGGUGGACCUAGAACCUCAGGGGAAGCUACAUGUUGUAAUUGAAUUAAAAUGGGCCGAACCAGAAGAUGGAAGUAUCCGCCCACGAGAAUUCAGGGAACGGCAGGGUUUCAACCGCCGACGUGGAGCGAUGAGGCGGCGAGUUCAUCAGGUCAAUGGUCACAAGUUCAUGGCUACUUUCCUACGACAGCCAACCUUUUGUUCGCACUGCAGAGAUUUUAUAUGGGGUUUAGGGAAGCAGGGUUACCAAUGUCAAGUAUGCACCUGCGUUAUUCACAAACGUUGUCACCAGUCUGUCGUCACACGAUGUCCAGGAAGCAAGAGUAUAGACCAAAUCUCAGAGGAGCCAUCUGUAAAGGGAAGUGGUCAGCAACGGUUCAAUGUCAAUGUGCCGCACCGGUUUUCUGUUCACUCAUACAAGCGGUUUACGUUCUGCGACCAUUGUGGCUCAUUGCUUUAUGGCCUUAUUCGUCAGGGUCUCCAGUGUGAAGUAUGCAAUAUGAAUGUUCACAAGAGAUGCCAGAAGAAUGUAGCCAACAAUUGUGGAAUAGAUGUAAAACAAUUAUCUGAAAUCCUCACAGCCAUGGGAAUACGUCCUCAAGAUGAGUCAGGGAAACGUAAAAAGAAGUCUAUCAGUGAGCCAUCGAAAUUACCUGCAUCAGCCACAGCCUCUGUGAGUGUUCCAGGAAGUAUCAGUGAGAUAGAGGAGCUAGGAACAAUGAAGGAGGAAGAACUAAGACUACGGAUUGAAGCUCAAAGAUUUAUGGAAGAGAAAAUGAAAGAUCGAUGUCCAGAGGAAGAACAGGAUUUAAAGCCGAGAACACUAGACACUGACUUAGACAUGGUGCUCGGUGGGAAGAAGCUCGGGUUAGACGACUUCAACUUCAUCAAAGUACUGGGCAAGGGAAGCUUUGGCAAAGUUAUGUUAGCUGAACUAAAAGGAACGGAUGAAGUUUAUGCCGUCAAGGUGCUGAAAAAAGAUGUCAUCCUUCAAGAUGAUGAUGUAGAAUGUACAAUGACUGAGCGACGCAUCUUAGCCCUGGCCGCCCACCAUCCUUUUCUCACCGCCCUCCACUCUUGCUUCCAAACUAAGGACCGGUUAUUCUUCGUUAUGGAAUAUGUCCAUGGUGGUGACCUCAUGUUUCAAAUACAGAAGGCUCGUAAGUUUACGGAGCCACGAGCCAGAUUUUAUGCUGCGGAGGUCACGCUGGCGCUACAGUUCCUUCAUAAAAAUGGUGUAAUUUACAGAGAUUUGAAGUUAGACAAUAUUCUACUAGAUAGUGAAGGCCAUUGUAAGAUAGCUGAUUUUGGAAUGUGUAAAGAAGGCAUCAGGGAAAGUAUUACUACAACUACAUUCUGCGGUACUCCGGACUACAUUGCACCCGAGAUCCUCAAAGAAUUAGAUUAUGGAGCAAGUGUUGACUGGUGGGCAUUGGGUGUCCUGAUGUAUGAAAUGAUGGCGGGCCAGCCUCCGUUUGAAGCCGACAAUGAGGAUGACUUGUUCGAGUCCAUCCUUCAUGAAGAAGUUUUGUAUCCUGUUUGGCUCUCCAAAGAGGCUGUCUCAAUUUUAAAAGGGUUCAUGACAAAGGAACCUUCAAAGCGACUAGGGUGCGUCAUGGAACGUGGCGGUGAACUGGCAAUCCGUAACCAUAAGUUCUUUAGGGAAAUUGAUUGGGAUGCGCUCGAGCAGCGAAAAGUAAAGCCACCUUUCACACCUAAAAUUAAGGGACGUAAGGACGCUGUGAACUUCGAUGCAGAGUUUACCAAGGAAGAGCCGACUCUCACAUUCAUAAAUGCUGAGGUGGUUCGUGCCAUUAAUCAAGAUGAAUUUAGAGGAUUCUCCUUCGUUAAUAAAGCAUUUAAGUCAACGGCAGCUGCACCAUGUCAGGCCUAAGCUAGUGCAGCAAGAGUACAAAGUGCUAAAGUCUCUCCUGGAAUUUUGAUCUGCCAAAAUGUGGAAAAUUCAAUUUUCUUCUGGUGGAGACUUGAAUCAACCAGGUGAUCAAAGCUAUAUAAGCAAAGAAUAAUUUUUUUAACUGUUUUAAAUGCACAAAGAGUUGGAUGUGGAGCAAGCACAACAGUGAAUAGGAUACUGUAAUUAUUUCUAUAAUACAGUACACUUAUAAUGAUUCAUUUUGGGAAGGUUUUAAAGUGGAAGAUCUCUGAGAAUAUAGGUUACAAUAUUUUUUAAAAGAUAUAUUUCAUGCUGGAAAAUAUUUCAUGGACAAGAUGUAGGAUGCUUUUUUAUUGUGAAUAGUAUUUAUAUAGUAUUGUUUUGUCAGUGCAUGACGUAUCUCAAGUGUAAUACAAGAAAUGAGUUGAUAAAGAAUUUUACAAAAGAGGUGACAAGUUGUUUAUUUAUUUUUUGCUAACUUCUCUCAGUGUAAUGUUAGAAAUAUGAAUGCCAAUCUUUUGACUUCCAAUACUGGAGGUUUUAAGCCUAUUGCAUUUUUGACAUGAUGAGCAACUCUGAUCAUUAGACAGUAGUCCAGUAAUGCUCAUAAUGCAAUGAAAUUGAAGUACUUGUCAAUGAUGAGAAUUGCUCAUAUAGUCACAAAUAGUAUCAAAUGAUUCCAAGUUACUAGUGACAAAGUAGACAAAACUAGUCACUGCUAGUUUUAUGUCUGACUUUGAAGACAUUGCAGUUGCACUGGAGGGAGGAGCAAAUGAAAGGGGCUUUGGAAUCAUUGUAGCUUGCGGUUAAACUUUAUACAUGAAUGGGACAAUUUGCUCCCAUGGCACUUGGUGGAAAAAAAUGUACUAUGUAAAUAUGCAGGAACUUCAGUAAUGAUGAUGGUUUCGUGAAAAUGCUCCUCCAGCUGCUGAUGGACCAGUUUCUUGGCCACACACGUUUUUCUAUCGAAAAUACACACCAGAGUUGGAUGAGCACCUCGGGUACUCACGAAAUAUGACGGGAGAUAAAGGAUUCAUGCUGUUUACAUUUGCUCACCCCUGGGUGUGACCGUGAACUUAGUAACUCUUAUCUACGCACAGUUUAUAAUCUUGUGAUGAGAGCGGCUUUUUGUGGGCCUUUUGGUGUACUUAAGGCUUUUCUCCUGCAUUAUAAACAGGAAAACUGCAGUUAUUAAAUACAGCUUUGAAGCUCAACAUUGCUGCUGUCAUCACCAGUGUACUACAAACAUGCAGGUAGUGGAUAAUUAUAAUAUUUGUAGCCAAUGUGGUAAUGUGCUUUUAUAGUUCUCAAAUGGCAUACAAUUACUGUGUGUCUUCUCUAUUUCCUUGGCAGUUUUAAUAAGGGUUCGGUGUUACUGAGCUUUAGACAAGAAAGGGAUGGUUUUACAUUACAAUUGCAGGUAGAACUGAAUAAGGUCCACAAUUGUUGAUUUACAUAUUGAGCUUAGACCAGUAUUGCAUUUCACAUUCAGAAAAGGGACAAAGCUUUCCACCCAAUAUAUUAAUGAUCUUAUAAAAAGAUAGGGAACCAAAAGAUAAUGUACACAGACAUGUGUAACUCAAUGCAUAGUAGCAGGGGACAAAAAUUCCCCACCCCAUCCUACCCUACCCCGUGAAUGUUGGUGUGUAUGCGCAUGUGUGUAACAAGUCCCAGGCGGUGGUGUGUGUGUGUGUGUGUGUGUGUCGCAGCCUACUUUGAGGUUGUAGGUCAGCCCUGUAGCCAAGAUAGCCACACAGGCUACACCAUUCACCACUCAGUGGCAUCUCCCUUAGGGACCAGACAAUUAACUUUGAUUAAUGGAUUUCUCUGUAAAAAGGCAAUUCCUAUUAUAAUUCUCAUUUGAAAUAUUUCAUAUGGUGACUGAAUACAGUUAUGGUGCUGAUUUUAUAAUGUAAUUAAUAAUGAAUUUGCUGCAUUAAAACCCUUUCCAUUAACUAAAGAUGUCUGGUAAAUAAUGGGAGGCACCAGUGUCAGAGACUUGCAAUGAGUUCUUUCUUUGAUUGUGACAUAUGAUGCUUAAUUGAGAAUCUCUGGACUGGUGAAGCAGCCUAGAGUAGGCUAAUAUUGGCUAUGGUCUCAGGUUAGUGAAUUAAGCCAGUGAUGCUGCGACCCGUCACCGCUGCGCCCUCUAGCAAAUCUUCCAGUCGUUUGUCUGUUGAUUAUUUUAUUUUUUUGGUAGUGUGGUACUAUUGUGAUGUGUGGGCAGCGGGGUGUGGGCAAGUCUCCCCCAGCACUGCCCGGUGCUUCUCUGCCUUUCACCUGCGUGUGCCCACAGUAUUGCUCCAAGCCUGAACUUUACUCCUGGCCCCCACCUCUUUGGUCUGGCUGGGAGCAGAGGAACUAGGUUGAAUGUCAUUGAGCCGCUGGGGGUCCAGGUCCAGUCACGAGUGUGGCCCCCCAGCUGGCUACUCAAGUCACUUGUCAUCUGCCUUAUCGUCUUUCGCACAAAGAAGGAAUUUUGUUGUGACUGGUGGGUGAGCUUGAUGGGGGGCAAGCAGUGAUCCGUCUCCCCCAGGUGGCUGGUGCCACUGCGAUCACUGGCUGCCUUAGGCCAUACUCAAGGCCUAUGCACCAGAAGCCACACCUGCUGUCUCUGUGUGCAAUAUUACUUGGCCUUGGCUUAGAAGAGGCUUUGUAAACCUUUCCUAACCCUCUGGCCAAGUUUGGUGUGGUGCCGUGUUGCAUCCAUCCCUGCUCACCCACCACCAAGGCAGUGUUCUCCAACCAUUCUUGACUCAUUACCAUAUCUCAUAGCCCAGAAAACAUUGGUAUUGCAACAAGGCCAAAGAUAGUAGAUAAUGUACUGGUAGAAAAAGAAUCAAAUCUUGUAGUUUGCAGUUUUGCUGUCUUCAUUGUUUGUGUUGUGGUCGAAAUCUGCAUUGUUAAGUAGAUAGUUGUCUUGUGAGCUGCUUACAACCCAGCAAAACCAGGAAUGCUUGUUUGUUUGCAGUCCAACAGACAGUCAUGGGCAGACAGCCUUUUGCAGUCAUUUUGUAUGCCAUACAAGCCUCCACCAUUGCUGGGGAAUUGUGGUGCAUGCAACACACAAGUAUACUGGACUUAUGGUGAAGGUGAAUGAGGUCUGCAAAAAUUCUCGUGCAGCAUGCAAGAGACUGCGACAUAAAUCGAGCAUCCUGGUCAGGUGAGAUAUGCUAUUUUUGCUGUAGUCUGCCAGUGAGUGACUACUGCAUGCUGUGAAGCUGAAAACAGUUGCAUGCACAGCAGAAGCAGCUUUGUUUCUCUGCUGAUGUCAUAGCUGACCUGCUUGAUAAAAAAACAUAUAAAGCAAGCAGUAUGCCCACCAUUAAUGCUCUGUAGACAACACUUUGUGUUUAUUAGUAUUGCUGUCAGUAGAAAUUGCUCUAUAAUGUGCAGUGGAGAAUUACCUUUCCACCUCACUACCAGAGUGGUCUCAGAUAGCCCGGUCUGAUUCAUAUGCUGGACUAGUCUUCGGCUAUGCCGGUGACUUGCCCUACCUGCUGACACAUGGCAGCACGUGGUAGGGUGAAACCCAUCGUACAGAAGUGCUACACCCAGUGUCCAGUCUCAUAAUAUAUUGGAACAUACUAUUCAUAAUGUCUGGUAUAUCUGCCUCCAAUUAUGCCAGAUGUAAGCACCGAGAGGUGAUAGGUUUUCUCCCAUCUGCUGUCACUCAUCUGUGCAUCUGGAAUCUCAAAAGGGGCAGGUACUCUAUAAAAUCCUCAGUGGCUCUCGGGCCCUCACCCUUACCCCCUGCUGUGCCACUCCAGGCUGUGCCGCUGCUGUAGGCUGGAAGCUUACAGAAGUAAUUUGCAUCUUUCCACUUUAAAUGGUGCAGGCUCUGGCCCAAAUUAUGCAACAGCUAUACAUCUUGACAAAAAUCUGAGUGCUUCUAUCUCAAAUUCCCAGCUGGUUAUGUAAUUUCAAAUGAGUAUUCAAUAGCCAUAUGCCUGUUUCAGAAGAUAGGACCAGAUUAGAUGAGGUUGCACAGUAGGGGCUUCUGUAAGUCAUAAACUUUUCAUGGCAGCGGCUUGGAAGGAGAGUGGCGGCAGGGAGAAGUUACGGGAUCCUGAUACCCCUCAGAACUCUGACUUAUCAUGGAGUCCGACUCGUAGUAGGGCCCGUCUUGCUGUGGGGAUCGACUCCCUGACAGUCUCGACUCAGUGGGGCCUGACUCACUGUGAUCAUCAGUAUUCUUCCCUUCCUCGUCGUCUGGGUGCUCUAGGGUAGGGCUGGUGCACAAAACAAAUGCUGUGUACAAAGUAUUUGCAUAGGAUGCAUUUUUACUGUAUGCAUGUGCAAUCUGGCAGUAUCAUCCCUCCUACCCUACCUCUUCCUGUAGUCCUACCCUCUAUGGUGCUUAUCUGUCAAGGCACCUGCUGGGAUAAAUAUGAAGGUUGGACAGAGCACUAUUUUUCAGUUCUCUUUUCCUGUUCAGAGCACCCAGUCUAUGUUGGAUACACAACACCUCAUCCCCUUAACCCUUGCAAUCCCACCCUGUAAUACAAUCAUUCAUGUCGUCAUUGGUAUUGUACUUAAUUGCAUUUUCAUUACUUUAGUUUGGAUCUUAAGCCAAAGAGAUUGAUGUUAGCUGUAGAUUGAUAGACAUUUUAAUAGAUACAUGAAUUGUUCCCAUAACUAUUCUAUUUGUAAAUGUUGGUCUGAGAGAGAGAGUGGAUGUUGAUGUGCAUGUUUGCUGCUGAUCUGUGGUGGGUUGGAAAGAAGGACAAAGCAAGUCGGGUCUAUGGCACGGGUCUUAGGUGAUGAAACAAAACUUGUGUACCAGAUGUUAGACACGGGAACAUUUUAAAGUAUAUUAGCCAAAUUGUCUCUUAAAAGAACAUAUUUGGCAUUAUGCUGUUUCUACUUCAUCUGAGAGGUUAAGAGUACAGGCAGUCUUAACCAUAACAAAAAUAACCUCGAGUACACUACAGUUCAUCACCAGCCCAGUUCAAAAAGCCAACCUGAACCUGCCAUUGAAAUGAAUGAGCCUUCAGCCCAACUUCUCCAACAGGGAGUGUAGAGCCUAAUGCCCAGCUUCUUCUGAUACACAUGACCCUGCACUGUGUUGGUGCCUCAGUCAGGUUGCCUACAACACUCCUGAGCUUGGGUCAACCCUCUUCUACCCAUGGACCACUGUGCCAAAAUCAACUGUCUCCCUCACUUCAAACAUCAGUGUGCCCGUCUGUGUAAUAUUCUGAUUACUGUAAUGAUAUGUCAAUGGGUAUUUUUGUCUCCUAAAAAAAAUACUUAUGUCUUUCUCUCAGCUGAUUGUAUGAGAAGCGUGAUAUAAAUAUAUUUAAGUGUUCGA